AUGUUGUGCAUGCCAUCAAACACCAAACAUGGCACUGAUGGUGUUCAGGUUGAUGGAGGAUCACAAGAUUAUAAUGCUGGUUUAAGUGGAAAGUUGACUUCUAAAUCAAAUUGCGAUUCCUCAAUUGUCAAAAUGAAUCAUGACUCAGACUGCCUAGACCACUCAGAGGGAAUUGAAAGUGUAAGACUUGAUGAUGAUGGGGUGGAAGGCAUGCCGUCAGAUAUGGAUAUGAAGAAUGUUGGUGACCUGUCUAAUGAUUUUGCAAACACAUUUAUGCUGGAUGAAGAGCUAGAGCUUGAGCAGAAAAUAAUAAAGAAGGAUGAUCUUUUUCCUGUUAGAAGAAGUGGUGUCCAAAGGAUUGAUGAUGAAGAUGAUGAGAUUGUAGUCAAUGAUCAGGAUGUCCAGAGACUUGUAAUUGUCACUCAGAAUAGUAGAGUCGGUGAAGGAUCUAAAACUGGAGAUAAAGAAUCAAAAACCAUUUCCAAUGAGCUCGCAUCUGCUAUAAACGAUGGACUUUACUUCUAUGAGCAGGUUGAGAAAACCCCAAUGGAGUUUGUUAAUUACUGUACUUUCACUGUCCUAACAUAUGAUCAAUUAGCAGGAACUGAAAACCAAGAGAUCAAAUCUGUUGGCAUUGAAGAGUCAGGAAGUGCUAAUUCCCGGAAGAAGCAAAGUAAAAACUUCCAAAAUCAGCAGUCGUCCCAUAGACAGAGAUUCUUCUCAAGCAACUUUAGAAAUUAUGGAACUGCUCGGAACUCUCUAGGAAUCAUAUCAGAAAGUCCACCAAGUAACUCUGUUGGCUUUUUCUUUAGUUCCACGCCUCCUGAAAGUCAGGAGAAAGAACUAGAAGAGAACCCAGCUCAACUGAAGCAAUAUAUGUCAAGCAAGCUCGGAAAGAUACCUGAUAAAGUAAAAGCUGUGGUAGAAAACACCGAAUUGGAUGCUUUUAUAUCCUCUCCAUUGAGAUAUAGGCAUCCUUGGGAGCUUCUUUGGGGAAACAUCAGCAAAGGAAAUGCUUGUGUCGCAGGGGACGCGCUCCACCCCAUGACCCCAGACAUUGGCCAAGGGGCCUGCUGUGCAUUAGAAGACAGCGUUGUAUUGGCAAGGUGUCUUGGUGAGGCCUUAUUGAAGAACUCAGGGGGAGAAACAAAAGAUAAGGAGGAUGAAGAAGGAAAGGAAGAGUAUGAGAGGAUUGAGAUGGGGUUGAACAAGUAUGCCAACGAGAGGAGAUGGAGAAGCUUUGAUCUGAUUAGUACAUCUUAUGUGGUUGGUUUCUUACAAGAGAGUAAUGGAAAAUUUAUGAACUUCUUCAGGGACAAAUUUUUAUCUUCAAUCCUGGCUGGUUUGCGGUUGAAGAAGGCAGAUUUUGAUUGUGGAAAGCUCAGCAUCUCUUAA